GCGAGCCGGGGCGGGGAUCCGGCAGCUCGGCCGGGGGGGGCGGGGCGGAACCAGAGGGCACGUGACGCCGCGCGGGCUGCGCGGGCAGUGGUGGGAAGGCUGGCGCGAGGCGUGAGGUGGCGUGAGGCGAAGCUGGAAUCUGGCUCUGUCACGGGGGCUGGUGCCUCACGGUGAAGAAGUAAAAUAUUCACAAGAUGAAGAUUUUUCCAGAAGGGACUUUGAGUCAAAGAUGGCUUUUUAUAUUUGACAAGUCUUGUCAUCUGUAAUGAAGAUCGUUGUGAAACAGAAGAUUGAUUAAAGCCUUGUAACAUUGGACCUAGAUUAGAGAUUUAGAAAAGAAAGUCAAAAUUAGUCACUUUAGUGUUAGUGUUCCCAUUUCAUAAUAUUUAUUCUUUCUUCUAAAUAGAUUUAGGGAGUAGAAAUUAAAAUUCAAUGCUAUACCAAAGGGUAUACUAAUAUUUGUUCGGCUUUUUUUCCCUUUUUGUGAGGGAGAAAAAAGUAGAUAACAAAAAGCUAUAGUCAUUCAUAAUGAAAUAUACUAAACAGAAUUUUAUGAUGUCAGUUCUUGGCAUUAUAAUCUAUGUAACUGAUUUAAUUGUGGACAUAUGGGUAUCUGUCAGAUUUUUCCAUGAAGGACAGUAUGUUUUUAGUGCUUUAGCAUUAAGCUUUAUGCUUUUUGGAACACUUGUGGCUCAGUGUUUUAGUUAUUCUUGGUUCAAGGCUGAUUUAAAGAAAGCAGGCCAAGAAAGUCAGCAUUGUUUUCUUCUACUUCAUUGCUUGCAAGGAGGAGUUUUUACAAGGUAUUGGUUUGCCUUAAAAAGGGGUUACCAUGCAGCUUUUAAAUAUGACAGCAAUACUAGUAACUUCGUGGAAGAACAAAUUGAUCUACAUAAAGAAGUUAUAGAUAGAGUGACUGAUUUGAGCAUGCUCAGACUAUUUGAGACCUACCUGGAAGGCUGCCCACAACUUAUUCUUCAACUCUACAUUCUUCUGGAGCAUGGACAAGCGAAUUUCAGUCAGUGCUUGCCUAUGGCUGCCCAUGGACCAAUCAGCAUGCACUUCCUCCCUUCUGAGCCCACAAAAACCCCAGACUCAGCCAGACUCACACAGACACUGGGACUACAAGCUCUGGGGAGGAGCUACCUACUUCAGGUCUCCUUAACUCUUCAGGAUGACCUGCCUGCAUAAAGGAGCUACCCACCAUAGGUCUCCUCUCUGCUGAGAGCUGGACACUUACCUGGACAACCUGCCUGUGGAAAGGAGCUACCCACCAUGGGUCUUCUCUCUGCUGAGAGCUGGACAUUCAUCGGGAUGACCUGCCUACAGAAAGUAGCUACCCAAAGGAGUGACCCACUUCAGGUCUCCUGAGAGUUGUUCUGUCGCUCAAUGAAGAUCUUCUCUGCAUUGCUCACCCUCCAGUUGUUUGUGUACCUCACUCUUCCUGGAUGUGGGACAAGAACUUGGGGCCUGCUGAAUGGUCGGACUGAAAGAGCUGUACUACAAACGGGGCUGAAACAUGCUCCAUGCCUGCCACAUUGUGGGUGACGAGAAGGAGAGAAGAGCUGCGGCCCUUCUGGGAGUCUAGACCUCAGGGCUCCCCAAGCCAGGGCUGUGAACACACUGUAACACCCUCUUUGGAGUUCUGUGGUUACCUGUGCCUCCAAGCUUUCAGAUGCCACCAAAUUCCCUUUGUCUAGAUGUUGCUGCCUGCAGCAGGAGCUACUUGUGGUACAUUUGGUCCAGCCACAGCCUCACAAGGAGCCGACAUCUGUGCCAGUGCCUGGAGCUGCCCCCCUGCCGCACCUGGCACGCCUGGCUGUGCAUAGUGGCUGGACCCAUGCUUGCUCACUCACACACUUCUCACCACUCUGUGCCUGGCUCACCCUUGGCAGGCAUGGGAUCCAGGCCAGUAGUGCGAGUUGAGCGCAGCCUGCCAGGCUGUUUGGGUGGAACGAACCCAGCAGGUGCAAGCAAACCCCAAGCAGAGGCAUGGCUGGCCACAGAGGUUUCUGGCUGGUGACAGACCAGCCACCCUAGGGUAUCACUGUGACUAUAAGACAAAUAGGUUUAAUCCUUUUGCAUAUAACAUCUUAGUUUUUCAUUAGACUGUUGCGUGUUGUGUUUAUUCCUGAUAUUUAGAAAAUAUAAUCUACUGAGACUGUUAAAUACAAGUAGUGAUUAGAUCAGGAAUAAGGCUUAAAUUGCAAAUUAUUUUCUGGGAUUUGGAAGUACGUAUAAAUGCGUGUGUGUGUGUGGUGUGUGUAUGCAUGAAUGCACUUAUGUGCAUGGUAGGAUUUCAUCAAAUAUUUAUUGAUAAAUAUUAUUUCUCUUAUUUUUUUCUGGACUAUAGAGCCCCUUUAGUUAUGAUUGCUUUAAGGUUAAACAAUGGUUUUAUUUAUAGUUUUGUUUUGUGUCUGGUAGUGUGUCUUGCUAACUAGAAAUAUGAGGUCAUAUAGAUUAGGGAUUGCAUUUCUAUGUUGCUCUGUGAACUUUGCAUAGAAUUUCUAGGGGUUUCUAUUAGCAGCAGAAUACCGUUACUUUUUCUGAGCUCCUAGAGAAGUGAAUGGAGUAUAUUUUUUUUCCCUAGGAAAAUCAUCUGAUUCCACUUUGGGAGCAAUAAAUCAAUCCAUCAGCAUGUGCUUUGGAGGGCUGUCUAUGUAUUCAGUAAUGUUCUGGGAUAAGUCUUAAUAAAUAUCUGUUAAAUAACUGAUUGGUUACCACUCCAGAGGAGUGAUUUAGGUUUUCUUGGUGUCUGUAGAUGUACAGCUUUUUUAAAAAUUGCAGGUAAAAUAACUUUUUUUCAUUCUCCAAGGAUAUGAAGAUUGCCACUGGAGUCUGCUCUUCCUUUUAGAAAACAGCUUUCUUGAUAUAUAAUUCAUACAAUUCAACUGUUUAAAGUAUAAAAUUCAAUGGUUUUUAGCCUAGUCAUUAAAAUGGACUAAAACCAUUAAACUUUUCUAAUCUUUAACUAUCACCACAAUUAACUUUAGAACAUUUUCAUCACCUACAAAAAUAAACUGUUACUUUUAUCCUUUCUGUGAUGGUUAAUUUUAUGUGUCAAUUUGGCUGGGCCAUGAUGCCCAGAUAAGUGGUCAAAAAUGUUGUACUGGAUAUUUCUGUGUAGAUGUUUUUGGAUGAGAUUAAUAUUUAAACGAAUGGACUUGGAGCAAAACAUAUUGCUCUCCGUAGUGUGGUUGGGCCUCAUCUACUCAGUUGAACAUGUGAAUAGAACAGAUGACUUAUCUACCUCAAGCAAGAGAGAAUUCUGGCCUUCAGACUUGAACUGCAGUAUUGGCU